AUGUGUCAAGAGCGUUUCUUCGCAUUGCUGCUCUGGCAUUUUUUACUUUAUGUUGCAAAAUCUGAUCCGUUUUGGAUUACCACUAACGUUCAGGAAGUAAAAUGGAAACAAGAUUGCCCAGCAGUCUUGGCUUGCGUAGAUACCACUUUUGUUUUGGUUCAGAAUAACCUUGUAAGCAGCAGUCUUGUCGGUUACUGGGCGCAAGGAUCACCAGAAGGGAUCUCUGUUGCUGUCGAGAUGGUCGGCUUUGAUUCAACGUAUGGUUUUCCUCGAGUUUGUGAUUCGUCGGACGCGGUUCCUUUAUACAUGGUUCGGCGUAUGUUGAAUGAAGAAGGGACAGCAGAUCAAAAAACUGAUAACAACGAUAAGACUGUUGAGCUCACAGGUCUUUGCUUCUCAGCUCGUUUCACUCUUAAAAUCCAUGUAGAACGUUGUCCGUGGUGUGACACAGCUGAAAUUGUUAAACAGGACGUCUCUCCAGCAGGUAGUAUGGAGGAUAUUUCGCACAAAGAGGACGCCGGAAACUUCUUGACUGUGCUUUUGGUUUCUCUAGCUGUGCUUGCGGGUAUCGGCUUCUUCGUUGUGUUUUUGCUCUUUACAGCCAUCGUUCUACACAGAAAAUCAUUUUUCAAACCAAAGAUAAGGUCAAGUUACCCGGUUGUUCCGCAAGAAAGGACUGAAAGAAAGGACUACUUUGCUUUGGCAAAUCCAUAUUGGAUCAGUGGUAACCUUGGCAUGAAAGAUCUUAGCCUUGAAAUGUCUGCAGUACAUCCUUCUGAAAGGACCUCUAAUAUUUCGCUGGGCGGCCCCUAUCAAAUUCUUUCUGUGAAUUCCUCAGAAAGAUGGUCGCCUUGUGACAGUGGUGUUAUAACUGUAUGA